GUCUGAGAGAUGCUUAAUGCCGAUUGGCCGAGAUGCGAGGAGUAGAACGCGAAGCAGCGCGCUGAUUGGCUAAAACGCGCUUAACCCUGCUCCCGGCAAUGUGGGCUGAUCUUAAAAGGUCGAAGGCGUAACAUAGCUUCCAGCUGCAAUAAUAAACAAGAGGUUGGCAGAGCUGGUGCCAGGGCAAAGAGCAAAGUGAGUGGAUCACUUAUUCUGCGGGGAAUAUAAGGUACCAAUGGGGAAGAAGGCAGAGGAGCCAGAUUGCCAGAAGCAGUUUGAAGCGGCUGUCCGUGUCAUCCAAGGCUUGCCCAAGAAUGGUGCCUACCGUCCAUCUUAUGAAGAAAUGCUGCGUUUCUACAGUUUCUAUAAGCAAGCGACUGUGGGUCAGUGCCAGAUCUCCAGGCCUGGGUUUUGGGACCCUAUCGGCAGAUAUAAAUGGGAUGCGUGGAAUAGAUUAGGAAAGAUGAGCAAAGAGGAAGCGAUGGCGGCGUAUGUUGCAGAGAUGAAGAAGGCAGCCCAGAAGGUCAUCGACACCGUGCCGCUGGACGAGUCAUCGAAGGACAUGUUUGUCUACUUUGAAUCCCUCUAUGACGUAAUUGACGACAUGCCCAGGCCUCCUGAAUCCUUCUUCAGGAAGAAAGCAGGACCAGGAUACAUGGACAAUGCUAUCAAGAGCAAUCAAGUGACCACUGAUGCCGAGAAUGAGGUGUUCUGUGAUAGUCUGGAACAAGUGGAGCCUGAUCAGGCAAAAAGAUUAUCAGCUGAGCCAAGCCUCCCCCUGAACAAUGCUCAGAGAGUUGAAGUUGAAGAUAAAAGUAAGCAUAAGCCUUCAGAGCAAGAACCAUUAUCAACCAGAGAAGAACUUUGCCAAGGUUGUAUCCCAGACUUACAACGUGGCCCAGGUGAGGAGAGUCUCAUCCAAAGCCCCGAAGCCAUUGCGGGGUGCCCAGCGGGGGCCUUGGGCCAGCGGGAAGUGGAUCGGCAAGUGUCAAACACCCUUCAAGCUUUGCAGAGGGACAUGAAGGAAGUGAUGGAGAGACUCAGUUCCCUGGAGUCCUGGGCAGCAUUGCAGGGCCGUACACCAAUGGUGAAUCCUUGCUUGCCAACUGCAACACAUGAUGGAAAGGACCUACCAAGAUGGCCUAUUCACCUGUCUCCUCCUACCUGGUGUUUCUUGCUGGCUUGGCCUUUUGUUGUCCAGUGGCUUCUUUGGUAUUUUCAGAGACAGAAGAGGUGAAUGUCUACCUAUCUGUGACUAGCAUUUAGAACAACAAGAGCUUGGAAACAGCUUAAAAAUUGUGAAGAUUUCAAACUCUGGACAUUGAAUGUCUGCCAGCAUUUCUACUACAAGGAAUUUGAUCUUUUUUUAACCACAGCACCACAGUCCUGUCAUGAGGAGGGAAGAUAUAAAUAAAGGGGAUGAGGAAAGUGACUACAAAAAGAAACCUGAAGUACUUGUUCAGACAACAGAAGGAAGGCUAGAAAUGGGAACAGAGACUUCAAGUGGCCGACAAUUCUUUCAACAUGAAGCCACCAGUUGUGUGCAUCGCAUACUGCAGCCUUAUAUAACAAAUGCAGAUAAUUUGGACUACAUCUCCCAUAUUCUCUUCCCUUUGCUUUGCCGACUGGGGUUUUUGUCAGCUGAAGACCAAAACUUCUAGGGAGUCCAAUGCUUCCUGCUUCCAAUGUAGCACUUAUAAUGAUAAAUAAGGUUAGGGUUGAUUUUUGUUCCUGGAUUAUAAAUGUCAUUUCCUAAUUGGUUCUAUCAUAAACAUGGAAUAUGUUGCAAUCUGCACAUUGAAAGGUUAAAAUGGCAUAUUUUCAUCAAGGAAAAUUACGAAGUGCCUAAACUGAAGGAAACAAUAGUAUUAUCCUCGGCCACAAAAGAGAAGUUUCAGGAGUAUAACAACUAUUUCAAAAUACGUACCGCACAGUUAAGCAGGAAAUAACAUUUUCAAGCCAGGAACAGAACUUUUUUUCAAAUGUUGUUACAUAGUGUAAUUCGUGACUCCUGAAUUGCGGUUUGAAGGUGAUCGACUGCUGCAAAUCUUUUACCUCUCAAGCAGACAUUGCACUUUGGAUUGUAUUAGUCUCAGUAAGUAAAUCACACCAGCCACACAAAAUGAUGUGAUGCAGAUGAAGAAAGUGUGUCUGCUUUUUUUUAUUUUUCCUGAUGUCUGCUUGUUUCAAUAGGCCAACUAUUAAUCACGCCUGUGAAAUUGCUGCCAGUUUUCAUGCCCUAUAUGCCACUUGGCCUGCGUCCCUUUCUCAGGUGUGAGUGGGGGGGAAAAGAAACCCUGAUCAUUCUCAAGCCGGGCAUGUUUAGCCUAGAGAAAAGAUAAUUAAGACGUGAUGUGAUAACCAUCUUCACAUAUUUGAAAGGCUGUCACAUAAGUCGAUGGGCAAAUUGUUGUGCUGUUGUUCUGUUGAUUAGGGCUCAAAGAAAAGAACUAGAAGACAGUGUUUUGUUUUUUUAAUACCCAUUAGGAAGGAAAAAUCAUUUGGCAGUGGAAUAGCCAGAAAAGGUGCAGAUAAUAUUUAAGCACUGCCUUUCAAAUCAUACUGUGGCCAUUUCCAGCAUUGUAAAGCCUUUGAGGUCCGCAUCAACCUAAUGGUUUUAUUGCAUAGGGGUAUAAUAUUUGUGGCUGUUGUGUUCCAGCAGAGAACCUUUCAAGUAUUUAUGACCAGGAUCGUAGAUACCUGGAGGCAGUUGUGCAAUGAGCGCCAUGGCCUUGAGCUUCCCCAGCACACAAUAGGCAGUUAACUCUGCACCCACUCAGUCAAAAGUGAGGGCAAGGACUGAAGAAAAUGAUUGGCUUCCCCAAGGACUGCUCUUAGAAAACCCCUGAGAAAGUGCAAGUGCUUCUGAAGUUAUUUGCAUAAUAUAUCUAUCUCUACACAUAAUAAAAAUGAAAAAUGUGUAUGUGUGUAUGUGGCGGAGGUAUCCACUUACACAGACAGCCUCCUUCCUCCACAAAGAGCUAUAGUUCCCACUGAACAGGAGACACCAAUGGCCCUCCCUCCACUGACAUGCAGGUUAUUGUGAGCGCCAUGAACAUGUAACCCAAAACCUGCCAGUGUCCUCCACAAACACCAUUCAGCCUCCCACCUAAGUGAAGGUUUUCAUGUGGGGACAAUUUCAUCCUAGAUGUUGUGUUUUUCCUCCAGAAUGGACAUCCCAGAGUUCCUUAAUUUGUAUGAUCCCGUCCACUGCCUCUCCCUUAACCCUUUCCUACCCUUUGCUAUGGCACACAGUUAACAGAGGAAUUGAUCAGCAACUGAACAAGAGGUUUUGGGAGAAUUCACCAUGAUUUACAGUUGUACUUGACCUACAUCCAACCCAACCAACGAUGGAUCUGGACCAAACUUGCCAUGGAUGAUGAGACUUCCAGUAUCUUUACUGAUACUGUGAACCCCACCGACAAUGGACUGGGACCAAACUUGGCACAGAGAAGCCCCAUGACCAACUGAACAUACUGCAGGGGUUAGUGGGAUGGACCUUGAUUUUGGGAGUUGCAGUUCACCUGCAUCCAGAAAGCACUGAAUCCAGUUGAUGUCAGAUUUGGACGAAACUUGGCACACAAACCCAACAUGGCCAACUGUGCAUACAGGCCUGGUUUGGGGGUGAUGGACCUCAGAUCUAGGAGUUGUAGUUCACCAUUAUCCAGAGAGCCCUGAAUCCAGCCAACGACAGAACUGAACCAAAUUUACCACACAGACCCAACAUAGCCAACUGCAAAUAUUGUCAGGAUUUGGGGGUGAUUGCCUUGGGGAUCUGGGAGCUGUAGUUCUCUCUUAUCCAGAGAGCACUGAACCCAGCUAAUGACAGAUCUGGACCAAACUUCAAUGAUAUUACCUAACAUCCCAAAACAUUCAAUGCCUUUGUCUAAUAACCCGGGCACUGUCGGGUCCCCAAGCUAGUAAUAUAAUAAAAUUUUAUGUCUACACCACCACUAUCUCCCAAAAUGGAUUCUUACAAAGCACUUGUAAUGGAACAAUGGAUAUGGUGCAAUAAAUACAGAUAAUGUUGCACCCCAGCCGGCGGUCCACCUUACUUGCAACACACACCACAAAAGCAGGCUUGGUAUAAACAGUUUAUUAGCAAAAGAAUAGCAAAGUAAAAGAAAAAUGUAUAAAAGCAAAAAAUAAUCAUGAGUCCAAAAGCCAGCCCUUAAAUCCCUAAAAGUCUCCAAAGGAGCCUCCACUACACUCUGGGCAGAGAGUUCCACUGGUGAACAGCCCUCACAGUUAGGAAGUUCUUCCUAGGGUUCAGGUGGAAUCUCCUUUCCUGUAGUUUGAAGUAACUGUUCCGUGCCCUAGUCUCCAGGACAGCAGAAAACAAGCUUGCUUCUUCCUCCCCAUGACUUCCCCUCACAUAUUUAAGAAGGACUUUCUGUCAAUCCCUUUCCCCCAAUAAACCACCCAUUCAUAGAGUCAGAAGGUGCCUUGUAGACCACGUAGCUCUCUACUGUAAUUCAGUGCAAGAAAUCUAGAGCUAGAUUAUCUCCAAUUAUAAUUAUCCAACUUCUACUUGUAGACUUCCAUAGUGAAGGGACCCUCCAUUCCACAUGUACGUUCCACAAACCAAUUACUCCUAUAAUCACUAAGUGAUGGUAUGGUUGAUUAAGCCUUGCUUUUUUAAUUGUUAAAGUUCUGAAGGUGUUGCAUUUGAUCAUGUAGUUUUCUCUGAUGUUGCUGCUUGAACAUGAUUACAUUAUGGAAAGGUGGCUUCCAAAUAAAUAGGUGACGAUGACUAUGAUGAAAGUUC